CUAAAUUUGAACACUGCAUGUGCGUUUGCUUGUUUGUAUUUUUAUAAGCUGUCACUUUUAUUAGUUUGUAGCAAAAUUAAUAGGGUUUUCUCUUCGCGUUUACUUUCGAAAUGUCCACUCCAAAUUUCCUUUUGAGUAAUGGCAAAAAUAUGCCAAUGGUCGGCUUGGGCACAUGGCGUAGCCCUCCUGAGGUUAUCACACAAGCGGUGAAGGAUGCUAUUGAUAUUGGCUAUCGCCACUUUGACUGCGCCCACAUCUACGGAAAUGAGGCACAAAUUGGCACAGCGAUUGCCGAAAAGCUCAAAGAGGGAGUCGUAACACGGGACGAGCUAUUCAUUACAAGUAAACUUUGGAAUACCCAUCACAAGCCAGAUUUGGUGCGGACUGCUUGUGAAACAAGUAUACGCAAUCUUGGCGUUCAUUAUCUUGAUCUAUACCUCAUGCAUUGGCCAAUGGCAUAUAAAUCCGGCGACGUUCUUUAUCCCACUUGUCCGGACACGGGCAAAGCAGUAUUUGAGGAUAUUGACUUCGUGGACACCUGGAAGGCUAUGGAGAACCUGGUCGAUUUGGGCCUAUGUCAUGCCAUUGGAGUCUCUAAUUUUAAUGAGCAACAGAUUAAUCGACUGUUGAGCGUAGCCAAAUUGAAGCCAGUGGUGCUACAGAUCGAAUGUCAUCCAUAUCUUCGCCAGAAGUCUUUGAUAACACUUUGCUACGAUAAUGCCAUUGCUGUCACUGCCUACAGCUCACUGGGAUCGGCACACACACCCUAUGAAAAGCCAGGUGCCUAUCCCUUGUUGAAGCAUCCUGUGAUCCUGGAAAUCGCGGAAAAGUAUGGCCGUACACCGGCGCAGGUGCUGCUACGCUAUCAGACUCAAUCGGGCAUUAUUGUGAUACCACGCUCUAUUAGUAAGCAUCACAUGUACGAGAACUUUAAGAAGAUAUGGGACUUCGGUUUGGACAACGAUGAUUUACAAGCAAUCGACGAUCUCGAUUGCAAUGGUCGCUUCAUGACCAUGAAAGCUGCAUAUGGACAUCCUCACCACCCGUUCGAACUGGAUACCGCAAAGCAAAUGGAAAGCCACAACAGAAAUGUAUAA